UCGGAGAAGGAUUUCGUCUGCAGCCACACGCCGGUGAAGAACAAGCUAGACUUCCCUCAGACUUUUAAACAAUCUAAACCGCAAUUAUGUUUCGUUCAUCAAUCACACGUCUCCUCGGCACUGGGGCUGCAUUUUCCGCUGCAGCUGUGGCUGGUCUCAGUUCCAGAAGUCAAUCUACGUUACCCAAAGUUUAUUUUGACAUGGAAGCGAAUGGGAAGCCUGUGGGACGGAUUGUGAUGCAGCUAAGGUCUGAUGUAGUGCCAAAAACUGCAGAGAACUUCCGUCAGCUUUGCACAGGAGAGCAAGGUUUUGGCUACAAAGGGUCCAUUUUCCAUCGCAUCAUCCCCAACUUCAUGUGUCAGGGUGGGGACUUCACCAAUUUUAAUGGAACAGGUGGAAAGUCAAUUUAUGGCUCAAAGUUCAGGGACGAAAACUUCGAGCUGAAGCACACAGGACCUGGUAUACUAUCUAUGGCCAAUGCAGGACCCAACACCAAUGGUUCACAGUUUUUCAUCACGACAGUAACUACCCCAUGGCUUGAUGGUGCUCAUGUCGUCUUUGGAGAAGUAGUUGAAGGCAUGGAUGUAGUUAAGGCCAUUGAGAAGCUUGGGUCUCGCUCUGGUCGGCCGUCACAGAAAGUUGUUGUUGCUGAUUGUAAUGAGUUGAAGGGAGAAUGAGUGUAACCUCUGAAGUUUGUACAGAAAUGACAAUGCAAAUAAUAUUUUCCUAAUUAAUUAAAUAUUGUAAAUGUUUUCUAAGGAAGGAAAAUGGAGAACAAGGAUUAUGUAUUCAAAUUUUAUAUACAAAAGGAAUCAAUAUAAAUUAUAAGUAAUUUUUUCAUAAUAUAAAAACUACAAA